AUCCCGUAAAAAUAUAGCCUGUGAGGAAUGUUUCCAUAGAGGGCGCCAGUUAUGUGCACUGUUUAGCCGGCCGUCUGUAAUGUCUGAGUACAAUUUGUACUUUUUUUUGUAGUGUGUUGAUGUUUUUUGAUCAGUUUUCGGUUUGAUCGGAAUUGGGCCACUGUCAUCAUUUGUCAUACAGGUCCAGUCAUAAUGAGUAGCAACAGCAGUAAGACAAAGAAUGUGAGCAAGGCUAAAAGUCGACCAUCUGCCACGGCGCGACGUCGCUCACCGGCAAGUAGUCGACCUGGUAGCAGGCCAGGUAGUAGGCUUGGUGGUAAUCGUGGUGGAAAUGGCAGUAGGUCUGGGACGCCGAAACCGAAAGGCAGCAACAGCGGCCGAUCGACGCCCAGCAGUAACAGGCCUGCAGGAGCUGGGACAAGAGUGAACCCAGCAAUGCAACGCAGGGAGGAGGGUUUACCAGAACUGGAGAAUCACUUCAUUCUUAGAAUGCCUCAGAGUGCUGCGGGUGACCUAAAGAAGAUUGUGAAUACAGGCAGCCAAAUCUUGAAGGACAAAUUGGCCAUUGAAAUCAUGGGUGACAUGCGCCAUGGAACAGUCAAGUUUAAUGAUAAUGUCUUCUCUGCCAAAUUGAUGGACUUGCCCUGUACAGUCGAAUCUCACAAGACCAUAGACAAGAAAACGUUUUGGAAGACGGCAGACAUUUGUCAGAUGCUGGUGUGUAGCACAGAGGAGCAAGCAAUUGAGACAGAACAGAAAGAGAAAGAACAGGAAGAGAGAGGUUUGAAGAGAACAGAACGAGUGGAUAAGAAAUUCAUCCACAACCAUGGAAUCACACCCUCAUUGAAGAAUGUCCGAAAGAGAAGAUUUAGAAAGACGGCCAAGAAAAAGUAUAUUGAAGCCCCUGAUGUAGAGGAAGAGGUCAAGAGGCUACUGCGCAUGGACAGCACCGCCAUCAAGAUUCGAUGGGAGGUUUUAGCAGAGGAAGAUGUCAAAGAUGAGAAUCGAAACGAAAACAUGCCAGGUGUAUCCCAUGGCUCCGCCGAGGGAGAUGACUUGACCCGCAUCUUUGGGGAUGUGAGCAGCUCCGAGGACGAUGAUGAAGACAUCAACAUCUUAGACAUGGACGAAGACACCAGGGACUCGGGGAUGCUGGGGGAGGAGCCAGGAGAAAUGGAGGAGGAGUUAGAGGAGAUGGAAGACGAAGAUUCCAAGACGGGAAUGGAGGAGAGCGAGCAGCCAAAUGAGUUUGUGAAUCGCCUGGAUGAGUUGAGGAAGGAGUUGGUGGAGUUGGAGGAGAAGCAACGAGCCUUGGAGGAGUCCAUCGGCACGGUGGAUAACAUGCUACUCAAGGAUCGGUUCCAGUCACAGCUCGACAGUGUCCUAGAGGAUGUCAAGAUUCGACAAAAGGAGGUUGAGACGUUGGAAGUUCUAAUUGGUGAUGGCUGAAGCGUUAUCACAAACUCAGUGAACUGUUUGUCAAGACAUACUUUACACUUUCUUAUAAUUUAUUGCUCGCCUGGUGGACAGCUCGACAGUUAGGCCACGACAUUAAGACCAGUUAUGGGAAAGCAUGGAGAAAAAGUUUUCUGGUAUUAAACUGCAAAUCGCAUGCAAGUUGUACCAUUAAAACAUAGGAUUUUUCCCCUUUGUUUUUAAUAAGCACUCAUUCCCCGAAUAAGGAAAAAUAUUGGGAAGGGGUAACAAAAAUACUGAGCUAAAGAAUCGCAUGUUACAGGAAAUGUUGUGAGAGUCAUUUUUAUUCACAUUUCUACAAA